AUGUGCUCCUACAGUAGCAAUACUGUGGAAAGGGCUUUAAAAAAUUAUUCUGAAUUGAUUUCAUAUCUUUUAGUGGCUCAACAAAAUAAUGAGUUGUUGAUGAAAAACCAUGGAAUUCGUCCCACUGGUACUGCACCACUGCCUGAAGUGAAUGUUACAGUACACAAUAAAUAUGGAAAUGAAAAAUAUAAAAGUCGUGAUCAUGGACGUAGUGGGAGACGUGGUCGAAGACGUACUAAUAACUGCUAUCAUGGUGUUCAUAAUAGUGGUAUUUCUAACCACCAGAAAAAGAAUAGCAAUGAAGGACAAGAAAGAGGUGGUCAAAAUAAUCCUUCAAAGGUUAUUGAGAAUUUAUGUUACCGAUGUGGUAUGAAGGGCCAUUGGGCACAUACCUGUCGUACGCCUGAACAUUUAGUGAAACUUUAUCAAGCCUCUAUUAGAGGGAAGAAAAAUAAUAUUGAGACAAAUUUUAUAUCCAAAAAUGAUGAAAUGGAGGAGAAAGAGGAGGGUGAUGUAAUUUAUGGCCUUAAUAAUAUAACUGACCUUGAUGUGAUAGAUUUCUUUGAGAAUCAUUAG